AUGAAGCGCACCUUGCCCACGGAGCUGUUCUACUACGGGGACGGGCUCCGGCUGUGGCAAGAGGUCUGCUGGUUGCCAGACUACCACCAGACCCGCGAUGAGAUAUCUCUCCUGGAUGAGUACGGCGCGGUCAUUGCGCAGUACAUCCCGGCGGGAUGCACAAUUGUGGAUAUGGGGUCUGGAGAUAUCCGCAAACCUUCCGUCCUCCUGAUGCAUCUCGACCGCCUCAAAAUCCCAGUGUCCUACUACGCCCUCGACCUGAGCUACGAAGCCCUAUCGAGCAGCAUGUCCUUCCUCUCGCACCAGUCCUACACGCACAUCACCUUUUACGGCCUCUGGGGCACAUUCGAGGACGCCCGUCUAUGGCUACGCGCAAUCCCCACCCCGAAAUGCAUCCUCUCCCUCGGCUCCAUGUUCGGCAACGACGAGCUCCCCCUCGCCGUCGCGCACAUGGCGCCCUGGCGCGAGGUCCUCAGCCCCACAACAGACUUGAUGCUCGUCGGCGUGGACGCACGAGGCGCGGAGUCUCCACGUGGAGCUGAAGCGCAUGUACCAUGA